UUCGACCGAGCACUCGCCUUGCGGCCACGUUUGCGCCACCUGCAGCCCGGGAGGGUGAGCGUCAUGGCGGCUUCCUGUCCGCUUCCAGUGACCCCGGACCUGUCCACGUUGCGGGCGAAGUUGCAGGGGCUGCUGCGGUUCCUGAGGGAAGCCUUAUCCAUUUCCAGUGCACAUACGGUGGACUUCUACACGGAGUCCGUGUGGGAGCAACUGGUCGACGUGCCCCCGGAGACGGUGCUGGCGGUGCUGGGGAGGUCGGCGGCGCAGAUGGAGGCCCGGCCCUCGGAGGCGCGCCCCCUGGCGGAAGCGGAGAGGGAAUCAGGUAUUACUGAUUUUUCCAAAAUAUUUUGUGAAACUUCUCAGAAGCUAGUGAGUGUGGAAGCCUUUGCUCUGGCUGCGAAAUAUUAUUCUAUACAAAACUUGGGACUAUGUACGCCUUUUGAACAGUUACUUGUAGCACUUCAAGGAAAUCAAAAACAGAGAACUGGUGAAAAUGUGAAGCCAGAUGCGUUUAUGAAUUUGAAAAAAUCUCAUGAAGUAGAGGCAAUGUCAGAGCUGAUCAGCAGUGUUGCUGAUCACUGUGGAAUAAAACAGGUGAUUGACCUGGGUUCUGGAAAAGGCUACCUAAGCUCCUUUUUGUCCUUGAAGUAUGGCUUAAAAGUUUAUGGAAUUGAUUCCUCAAAUACCAAUACUCACGGAGCUGAGGAAAGAAACAGGAAAUUGAAGAAACAUUGGAAAGUCUAUCAUACUCGGUCAAAACUAGAUGUCAAUGGACUGGCAUUAAAAAUGGCAAAAGAAAGGAAAGUGCAAGAUGGAAUUGACUAUAAAGCAGAUACUGAGGGAGUCUGUAACAGCAGUCCUGCAAAUCAAGAAGAGAUGUCUACCUCAGAUUUUUUGCCAGAUUUUUCGGGCUCUGUAAUUUCUAACAUCAGAAAACAAAUGGAAAACCUACAGGUUUAUUCACAUCGAGAAGAAAAUUUAUGUUUUGAUAAUGCUUUUUCUCUUAUAGACUUGUUGCCUAUUAAUGCCAUAGAACCUACUUCUUCAUCCCAGAUACCUAAGAGAAAAAUGUCUGAAGCAAAAAGAGAGAGAAGAAAAACGACAUCAAAGUCAAAAGAAUCAAAUAUAUAUUUACCUUUAACAUCGUUUAUCACUGCUGACUCAGAACUAAAUGAUAUUAUUAAAGAUCUGGAGGAUUGUUUGAUGGUAGGUCUACAUACUUGUGGUGAUCUUGCUCCAAAUACUCUGCGAAUAUUUACUUCCAAGUCUGAAAUUAAGGGAGUUUGCAGUGUGGGUUGUUGUUACCACCUCUUAUCUGAAGAAUUUGAAAACCCACAUAAAGAAUGUACUCAACAAAAGUGGGGAUUUCCAAUGUGCCACUAUUUAAAGGAAGAGAGAUGGUGCUGUGGUCGUAAUGCCAGAAUGUCAGCGUGUUUGGCAUUGGAGCGGGUUGCAGUUGGCCAAGGGCUGCCUACUGAAUCACUCUUCUAUCGUGCUGUACUUCAAGAUAUUAUUAAAGAUUGUUAUGGCAUCACCAAAUGUGAUGGGCAUGUUGGUAAAAUUUAUUCCAAAUCCUCUUCCUUUUUGGAUUAUGUCAGAAAGUCUCUAAAGAAGCUUGGAUUAGAUGAGUCAAAGCUGCCAGAAAAAAUUAUAAUGGACUACUACGAGAAGUAUAAGCCUAGAAUGAAUGAACUGGAAGCUUUUAAUAUGUUGAAAGUUGUUCUGGCUCCUUGUAUAGAGACAUUGAUUCUUCUGGAUCGACUUUGCUACCUGAAAGAGCAGGAAGAUAUUGCAUGGUCUGCGCUUGUAAAGUUGUUUGAUCCUGUGAAAUCUCCCAGAUGUUAUGCUGUUAUUGCUCUGAAGAAGCAGCAAUGAUUUCAAUUGAAGCAAAGUAUUAGAUGUGUCUGUUUGUGGAAUCUAUUGCUAAUUUUGCUUUUUUUAUGUCAUAUUAUGUAAAUAUUUGAAAAACAUUGCUGUAUGUUUUAAAUAAUAAAAUAAUAGCUAAC